CCAUCGAUCCAACGGACUCUAACAACCUCAACCUCUCUCUCUGCAUCCGACCCUCCUUCCUCUUUCCCCGGAACCCUCUUCUUCCGACCAGCAACCACGCUCACCGGGAAAUCCCUAUUCUACCCUCACCAAACCACCUAAUUCUCUGCUAAUUUGUAGCAAAAUUGUGGGAUUUAUUAUUAUUAUUUUUAUUAUUAUUAUUUUUUGAUGGCGGAUUCGGACAAUGAAUCAGGGGGACAAAACAACAGCGGAGGAAACGCGCAAAGCGAAACGUCAGCGCGUGAACAAGAUAGGUUUUUACCGAUUGCCAACGUAAGCAGGAUCAUGAAAAAGGCCUUACCGGCAAACGCUAAGAUUUCCAAAGACGCUAAAGAAACGGUCCAAGAAUGCGUUUCCGAGUUCAUCAGUUUCAUCACCGGCGAAGCUUCCGACAAGUGUCAGCGUGAAAAGCGGAAGACGAUUAACGGCGAUGAUUUGCUUUGGGCCAUGACGACGCUUGGUUUCGAAGAGUAUGUGGAACCCUUGAAGAUUUAUUUGCAGAAGUAUAGGGAGAUGGAAGGAGAGAAGACCUCUAUGGGAAGAGGAGAAAAAGAUGGCGCCAGUGGUGGCUCCGCCGGCGGGGCCAGUGGCGGAGGUAGCGGAGGAAGUACUGGUGGAGGUGGAGUAGGUUCUGGUGGUGGUGGGGGGUUUAACGGAGGAGGGAUGUAUGGUGGGAUGAUGAUGAUGGGGCAUCAUCAGGGCCACGUGUACGGUUCUGGUGGGUUUCAUCAUCAGAUGAGUGUGGGGAAAGGUGGGGCCGCCGCCGCUAGUGGUGGAGCAGGAGGCGGAGCUGCUGUUAGAUCAAGGUAGAUUGUUGGUAGGUUACGGGGGAAGGGUUAAGAAACUGUUAAUGUUAAUUGUUGAUUGAGUUUUUAAAUUGUCAGUAAUUUUAAGCAUUAACUUAAUUUGUUAGGUACAUUUUCUUCGUAUUUUUUACUUAUUUCUAUUUUAUUUUAAUGGAUAUGUAAUUGUCGGCAAGAAGAAGGAGAUGAGGAGAAGGAGCAAUGAUGCAUCGUAAAAAGUUGUAACCUCUAAUGAUAAGAAGAGUCAAGUAGUCUCAUGAAAAAAAAUGGGAAGAAAAAAUGAAAUUAAAUUGUGUGUAUGAUAUGGACAUUGCUAGAUUUAUGUAGAGAGAUGGAUUGUUGCUCUCCCAUUUGAUUUGUUCUGUUAUUGAUCUAUGAGAGAAGUCUACUUUUUAGCUUUCCUCGCUUUUA